ACAGCCCCCGCUUAUAAAUCUCCGCUGCCGCUUGUGUCGCCGCUGAGGAGCUUCUCGCUGGAUGGAAAAGUAGCCUUGAUCCUGCAGUGCUAUGGGUGACCACUGCUUCUGUGUCCUUUCCUAGCUGCUAAAGCCACCAGGAUUUGGUGAUGGAGGCUUUGCUGGAAGGAAUGCAAAGAAAUGGGCAGGGGAGUGGUGGGUUCCUGACUUCCUGUGAGGCUGAGCUGCAGGAGCUGAUGAAACAGAUUGACAUUAUGGUGGCUCACAAGAAAUCAGAAUGGGAAGGACAGACACAGGCUUUGGAAGCUUGCCUGAGUGCUCGGGAGCAAGAACUUUCCUCUACCAGGGCUGCUCUACAGGAGAAACAUAAGGAGGUUGGUGUGUUGCGUCACCAGGUAGAAGACAUGGAAAAAACCAAACAGGACAUGGUUAGAGAAUAUGAACAACAGCUCAAGAAAUUUCAAGAGGAGUUGUGCAGGCUGAGGAGGAGCUAUGAGAAGCUGCAGAGGAAACAUCAGAGAGAAGCAAGAGGAGAGGCCAGCAAGAGACAAGGGGAGGAUGAGGCUGAAAUGAGCCGACUGACCAGGAAACUGGAGGAGUUCCGUCAGAAAUCACUUGAGUGGGAGAAGCAGCGCUUGCUGUACCAGCAGCAGGUGGCAUCGCUGGAGGCACAGAGGAAGGCUUUGGCUGAGCAGUCUGAACUCAUGCAGACCCAGCUGGCCAACCGGAAGCAGAUUGUGGAGUCGGUGGAGCUGGCGAGCCGAUCCGAAAUCCAGCACUUAACCAGCAAGCUGGAGAGGGCCAAUGAUGCUAUCUGUGCCAACGAGCUGGUGGUGGAGAGGCUUCACAUGAGAGUGGAUGACCUGACUGAAAACAAUCGGAUGAUUCUGGAGGACCAGCAAAGAGUUCAAGAAGAAUUAAAGCAGUCCAAGAAAAUGCUCGAGUUGCUUCAAGAUGAGAAGAUGGAACUUAGAGCCACCUUGCAGUCUCAGGAAGAUUUCAUUGACAGUUCCAAGCUGCAUCAGGAACAGUUAGAGAAAGAGCUGACCAGAGUGACUGAAACUCUUCAUCGAAAAGAACUCCUCAUCAGGGCCUUGGAGGAACACUUGCAAGAGAAACAAUUGUCUUCUCCAGGGCUGGAGCAUAUUCUGCUGCAGCUGGAUGCUGCCCAGCAGAAGGAACAGGACUUACAGUCAGAAGUCACUCAUCUGGAGAACAGCCUGGUGUCCUCCAAUGCAAGGUGUGCCCAGCUGAGCCAAGAGCUGGAUGGGAGCCUCAGGGAGCUGCAGUCAAUGGAAGAACACCAGACGGAGUCAAAGGUGGAGAUUAAAAAGCUGAAAGAGCAGCUCUCUCAAGCUGAACAAACUCACAGCAGUGAGCUGGAAGGGAUGAAAAGGGAAAUCUGCAGGUUGACACAAGAGCUGCACCAGCGGGACAUCACAAUUGCGUCUGCAAGUGGCUCCACAUCAAACCUAGAACAACGUCUGAGAGCAGAGAUUGAAAGAGCAGAGAGGAAAGCAGUGGAACACAGGGUUCUUCUGGUCCAGCUGGAAACUUUGAAGCUGGAAAACCGCCAUCUCUCAGAGAUGCUGGAAAAAACUGAAAUGCCAGAGGGGAAAGGUGUCAACCCCAAAGCAGUCAGUGAAGACUAUGCUCUUGAACUAAAGAAAUUAAAAUCUGAGAAUCAGCAGUUGCAGAAGGAUCUAGCAGAGGCCAGAGCAAAACUGGUGCUUGCCCAGCAGGUCUGGCAGGAUGAACCUCAGGGCACUGCUCAGCAGAUGCAGGAUGGGGAGCCUGAGGCCAGGGAUGUGCAGUACAGGACAACUCAGGGAGCACAGCACAAACAUGAUGAACAAGCAGAGAGAAUACAUCACAGGCUUGAUGGGUCUCCUCAGCAGCAUCAAGGGGAGCCCCAGAGACAGGGAGCUGCUGAAAUAGGAACUGUGCCCACUGUGAUGGGUGAGAUACUCACCCAGACCACCAGGAAAUGCUGCAUGGAGUCAUCUGCUUUGGCCAGCUUGCUGGGAACAGAUUCUGUGCUCCACGUGCAGGAUGGAAACAAGGAUUUUGCAGAUGAAGCAUCUAAACAGCCCAUGCCAGAUGAUCAGAGAGACUCCAUGCCUUUGUGCCCGCUUCCCACAGCUUCUGUUGGAUCAAUAGCUGCCAGAUACCUGGAGGAGGAAGAACUGAGAUCUCAGCACAUCCUGCAGUGCCUAAACACUCACAUUGAGGAACUGAAAAAGGAGAGUGAAAAGAUAGUGAGACACUUUGGACACCAGGAGUGACGUUCCUGAUGGAAUUUGAAUGCAGCUUUACUCUAUGGUUCCAAACUGCAGCUGGGGAGGUGCCUGUAAACCAUUUGCCACUGGAGCUUGAGUGAGAGGCUGCUCCUCCUGCUUGGGUCCUGAGGAGAGGAAACUCCUCUCUACCAUGUUUGAACUGACGGGUGGUGUUACCCCACAAACACUGCAGCUUGUGGUAGGUCAGGAAGCUCCACCAGGGGUCUGUGUUUGUGCACUCACAAAGAGUUGCUGGGGGGGUUUUAA